AUGGUUGUUCUUGAUCAUCAUCAACGUAAGAGGCAAUCAGACUAUUGUUUUUACCCAAAUGAGAGGGAGGUUCUCAAGUAUCUAGUUGGUUUUGUGACAGACGAGCCACUUCCUGGGCAACAUCGAUACAUGCAGCGAGUUGAUCUUUACGCGGAGAAGGAACCAUGGGAGAUUCUUGAGGGCAGUAACACCAACACAGGUUACUUCAUUACACCAUUGAAGAAAGAGAAGUCUCAUCAUACAAGAUUUAAGAGAAUUGUUGGGGAGGGUGGUACAUGGAAGAUACAAGACCCAGCCAAGAAAGUGUUGGAUGAAAAAGGUAGACUUAUGGGGUACGUACACCGUAUGAAGUACACUCCAGCCACUAACAAAAAGGCAAUAAUCAAGGAGUUAUUCGGGGAGUGGUUGAUGAUGGAAUACUCUUUGUAUGAUCGGUACGUUACUAAUAUGAAGAAGAAAGUUGUACAUAAGGAUUUCGUAAUUUGUAUGAUUAAGAAGAAGAAGAAGAAGAAGAAGAAACAAGGAUGUGAUGAUGGUAAGAAAAAAGAUGAGAAUAUCAUGAAUGAGGUUGAAGUUAAUGAAUUAAUCGAUUCGGUUAUGGAAGAACUAGAAGAGAUUGAUGAUGAUAAUAGAGAGGUGGAUGUUGGGGAUGAUUUUCUUGCUGCAUUGGAGGAUGACCGUUUGAAUUCAGAAGAAAAUGAAAUAUCAAAGAUUGAUGCAAACAAUAUCAAUCUUGAUGAAUAUGACUUUGUGAUAUAG